AUGGGAUCAUGUGUCUCCGAUCUCAGAAUCGAUCCUGAUGGAAAUUACUCGGAAAUUUAUGCGGACGAUGUGCCUAUUAUAAUACCCGCCAAGAGUUCCUCAAAUGACUCGGCAGAUAUCCACAGCGAACAUUCCUCCUUAUCGACCAGCACCAAGGCUAGCAUUGCCCUUGGUGUCACAUUCGGAGUGUUAAUGGUUAUAAUCACUGCUUUGAUUAUGUUCCUAUUUCACAGAAGGAAGAAGCAAGGACCAAGAGGGGGUUACACACCUGUUCGAUUAUCCAACUAUGAGAAAAAGGUCAUAAAACCACCAUCUCUACAAGAUGUGACUCACCACCGGUUCCUCUGGGGUACCCUAGGAUCUGACUCGUGGAUAUACGAGUCUAUCGCUGUUUGCUUGAGUAUCGCAUGUCUUAUUGCGAUAGCUUGUAUCCUGCUGAUUUAUAACAAGCAGUUAACACCCCACCUGCCCAGUGGUGUUAAACUGAAUACUGUCGUCUCUAUUCUCGCAUCCGUGGCAAAAUCUGCCUUAAUCUUUGCUGUAGGUCAAUGUAUUGGCCAACUGAGAUGGAUCACACUGCGGAAGGCUCGAAAGCGGCUGGCAAGUGUGCAAUUAUAUGACAAUGCAAGCCGAGGGCCCUGGGGCUCGAUCCUAAUUCUACUCGAAGAUAAAUAUCGCUCUCUUGUGACCGUCGCGGCCUUGGUAAUAAUCUUGGCUCUGGUAUUCGAUCCCUUUGUCCAGCAAAUUAUCAGUUAUCCUGUUAAACCUACACAUCGGUAUUCGGAAGGCGCAGAAGCAGCUCAGUCACGCCAUUUCCAACCUAAUUCCAGCAAUUAUUCCGACUUUACAAGUGCCAUUAAUACCGGAAUCUGGGCUGAUGUAAUUGACUUCGGCCUUAGCUGUCCAACAGGCAACUGUACCUGGGCCCCGUACCAGUCUGUGGAGAUAUGCAGUCGGUGUGCUGAUAUCGACCCUACUCGUGUGGUCCUCUCCGGGUGGAAUGUAUCCUUGUUUAACUACAGCCUCUUCAGUCCCCAGACAAUUCCAAUUUCGAUAUCUAGAAUCAAUGGGACACCAUCCAAUUUCUCAAUUGACAUCACAUGGCGCCCCACUGGGGUCUAUGACUUGCUCGUCCCGAAGGUUUUAUACUGGAUAGCCGACACGAGGCCGAAUCAAUAUCUGGGCGAUAUUCUCAGCAUUGAUAGGGUGGCAGGGGUUGAUGAACCCUUGGUCGUGGUAUCCAAAGCCGAGUUGAGUCUGCCGGAAACUUGGCCAAGUAACGCAUCGGACUUUCUAGGCGUGAUCGAAGUCACACAAGUGACCGAGUGCGCACUGGCAAUAUGCGCUAAGAGGUAUAAUGCCUCUGUCACCAAUGGUGUUAGCUCUGUUCAAAUCAUGGAUGAAGAUCUCGGAUCAUUCUACCAAGAUGGCUAUGGCGAUAACUGCUGGAAACCCAGCGCAAGUCCGCUGACAAACUGGAAUGAUACGAAUACUGAUAUCAAUCCCGUUGGAUAUUCGGUCGACCCAGUUCAUUAUGAGUUCUGUGGAGUGGAGCCCGGACCGUAUCGCAUGGAAGAUUUACUCCCGCUGGCUGGGACCCUCAACAAGGGCUAUGAGUUGGACCGUGUGACAAAGGUGUGGAAUAGUGGGACAGAUUACCUGGCUACGUCUUCAUGGGUCGCGAAAAGGGCGACCGAAUUCGGAUUCGAGAAUGUCAUGGAAAACAUCGCCGCGUCAGUCUCCAAGUUGGCGCGAACCACCCAUAGCUAUCCGAUCUAUGGUGUUCUCACCACGCAGGAUUCAUACGUUGCCGUUCAAUGGCCGUGGCUGGCCCUUCCCGUCGCCUUGCUCGUGGCAGGCAUCAUCGUGCUUGUAGCAACGGCUUUCAUAACCAGUCGCGAAAAUGUUAGCUUAUGGAAGUCAUCCACGCUGCCUCUUCUUUUUCAUGGGCUGGAACACAGCGUGGUCACUCGCAACAUGAAUGAGCGUGGUCCUUGUGAGAUGGCAAGCGAGAUGGAGCAGUUGGCUGGUGAUUUGAUUGUGGAUCUUGCACCAUCGCAAGAAGAGGGAAGGAUCAUGCUGCGUGGAGAUAGUCAGAGUGUAGAGCCUGCUCUAGACCGAGGAUUAUCUCGUCGCCAGACAUUUUAA